GUUGACGUACAAUUAACCCCUGUUUUGCCGUUUGGUGAGGUAACUAGGUGCUGCGAUACUAUACAACUAACAACAACAGUUAGCUACCUUGCUAGUUUUGUGCACGGUAAUCGAAGAAUGCUGCAUCUAAAGAGCAUAAUGACCAGUGGACACAUUGUUCUUUAUUUCUGAAAACGUUCCCUCGUAACAGAAGCUAAUUAUCAUAGCUAACGUUGGCAAGUAAGUUAAGGAUCUAGUGAUAUUGCAUUAACUUAUAGCUAGCCUAACUAUGCUAAUACCAGGCGGGCACCAACAUUCAAGAAAUUGACAGGGAGGGUUGAGUUCUGGGCGAUGGAGUUUCACGAGGAGUUUAAUCAGCUGGAGUUUCUGGAGACCCAUCAGCACCUUAUACCAGUGGGAACACAGAGCAUGUGGCCGGAUGAUGAUGAUGAUGAAGAUUAUGAUGAUGAAGAGGAAAGGGAGGGAUUCCGCAGUGAGGAGUGGUAUCAGCAACAAGAAAAAAGGCUGGAGAAUAGGCCGGGAGAAUUGUUGCUAUGGGCCUCUGAGAGGAACAGGCUGGCCACUGUUAAGCGACUACUAUCUGCGGAUUCAUUGCUUGUGCACAGCCGGGAUGAGGACAGGUAUACGCCUCUGCACCGUGCAGCAUACAGUGGUCACCUUGAAGUGGCGCGGACCCUGGUGCACCACGCUGCAGACCUCCACGCUCGCACAGUGGAUGGAUGGACUCCGCUGCACAGCGCCUGCAGGUGGAACAACACUUCUGUGGCCUCCUACCUCAUCCAGCAAGGGGCACUCGUCAACGCCCAGACCAAUGGUCUGCUCACCCCGCUACACCUGGCAGCUGGCAACAGUGGUGCCAAGCCAACACUGGAACUCCUCCUGACACAGCGCCACAUACAGGCAGAACUGAAGAGUAGCAGUGGUGAAACUGCCUUUGACAUUGCCCGCCGGACUAGUGCACAUUACCACCUGUUUGAGAUUGUGGAGCCUUACAAUAACCUGUUACCUCAAAGCUGAAUAAUAGAGAGCAGGCUUGUCAGGGCCUGGGAUUGCGACUGUCCUCAGUCAAAUUAUUAAAAUAAUUAAAAAUACAGUCCUGAGUAAAAGCCAAAAUAAAAAUAAAUGACAUUUUAUAAUUGUAUUUACUUCACCUAUAUUUCUGAACCAGAACAACCACUGUUCCAUUAUAGAAUCAAGAUCAGCAAGCACAGGAAAAAGACAGUCAAGUUAAGAAUACCGGUCAUGAACCAAACUGUAGCAUGUAGGGGCGGCCUGUAGCGUAGUGGUUAAGGUAAAUGACUGGGACACGCAAGGUUAGUGGUUUGAAUCCCGGUGUAGCCACAAUAAGAUCCGCACAGCCGUUGGGCCCUUGAGCAAGGCCCUUAACCCUGCAUUGCUCCAGGGGAGCAUUGUCUCCUGCUUAGUCUAAUCAACUGUACAUCGCUCUGCCAAAAUGCCAGUAAUGUAAUGUAAUGGAUGAAGGUGUGAUUUGACGUGAGGCAACUUGCUGCCUCUACCUACCAAGAAAAUGAUCUAUUUCAUGUAUUAAUCACAUUUGCUCAGUGGCUUUCUGUUUUUAUUUCCCAAAUGCGUCUAACAAAUGAAAAUAAGUCAAAGGUUUGCUCUUCACUUGAAAAAUGUAAGUAAUGUGUCUGAGUAGUAGGGACAUAGACAUAGGCUAGGUAUGUUUUUUUCACUAGGAAAAUAGUGGGACUGUAAAUAAUAAAUGGUGAUGUAAUUUGAUUGUGAA